AUCGAACUUGGAAUUAGGUUAGGUUUAUGAUCUGUUUCUGGAAUUUUGGAUUCAAUUAAUUAAACUUGUUGCAUUAUACAGUUUCUUUUUCCACUUUUAUUUACUAUUGACUCAAUAACUUGAUAUAGGUAAAUUCUAUACUGAAAUUUCAGAAAAUGAAGGUAUCAAAAGUGAAAAGGAACAAUCAGAAGAAAACCAAACUCAUCAAGCAGGGUGUAAUAAAAAAGAAACCUAAUAAAAAAAUUGAUAAUAUUCCAAAUGUUCCAUCUAAUCAACCCAAGCAAAAAGUUGAAAGUUCAGAGGAAAGUGAUGAUGGUGAGGACAUGUUAGGAAUGGUGGACAAAGAUGAUUUAGACUUUUUGAGAAAAGCAGUUACCAAUCGAUCCUAUAACAUAUUCAAUAAAGUUAGACGUUCAGAACUUGAUGGCCCAAAAGCAAAGAAAAAAAGAACUGAAGAUGAGGAAACUAUAGAAAACGAAUAUGAAGACCAAAUUCCAGAGGAUGGUGGUAAGAAGAUGAAAAAUUUGUUACCCAUCAAGACUAAACGUGGGGUGAUACCACAGCAAAUAGAGGAAGACAUUGAAUCAGAUAUUGGAUCAGAAAACCCUAGUGAAGAAGUAUCAGAAGUAGAAAGUGACACAGAACAUUUUACAUUGGAAAGUUCUGAAUUGGACUUAUCAAAACCAAUUUCAUCUACCCAGUUACUAGUGACUAGAAAUGAGGCUUUGAGACAGAAAAAAAUUCAUAUAGGAACUUUGUGUUCUGGACUACUUGAGAACCCAGAAGAAAAAAUCACAAAUCUGAGGAGUUUACUGACCAUCAUGGAUGAGGAGACUGAAGAAAUCUUUAUAACUGUUAGGAAACUGGUUGUAGUUUCACUAUGUGAAGUUUUCAAAGAUAUUCUGCCUUCUUAUGAAAUAAAGAAUAUUGUUGGUGAAGGAGUAAGAUUGAAAAAGGAUACUUUGAAGCUCCAGAAAUUUGAGGAAAAUUUGUUGCUGUACUAUAAAAAGUUUCUUCAAAAGCUGGAAAAGUUUGGCUAUCUGCUCAUGAAAAAAAGGGGAGACACAAGAACUAGAUCUGAAGAUGAAGUCAAAUUAGGGGUUCUUGCUGUUAAUACCAUGUGUGAUCUUCUAGUUUCUCACCCCUAUUUCAAUUAUUCACAAAACAUUGCUCAAGCACUGGUACCUUUCUUGAAUAACCCUAACAAAGCUGUCAGAGAUACUGUGAAAACAUCUUUCAAAACAAUAUUCAAAGAAGAUAAGAAAGAAGAAAUUACUCUGAGGAUAUUGAGAAUUAUCAACCACUAUUUGAAGAAUCAUUCACACAAUGUUCAUGUUGAAAUGUUGGAGGUGUUAUUGGUGUUGAAUUUGCAAGAUAUCAAUCUAGACCAAGGAAAAGCACAAGUAUUGAAAGAGAAAAAACUGAAGGCACACAAAUCUAGGAUUUUGCAGCUUUCAAAAAAGGAACGCAAGAGGCAGAAGAAACUUAAGGAAGUAGAGAAAGAAAUGAUGGAGACUAAAGCUGAAGAAAAUAAGCAAAUGAAGCAUAAAAAUCUCACAGAGAUCACAAAAGUUGUUUUUAAUAUUUAUUUCAGAAUUUUGAAGAUGUCUAGCAACACUAAAGUACUUGGGGUGUGCCUUGAAGGCUUAGCAAAGUAUGCUCACUGUUUGAACCUAGAAUUCUACGUAGACAUCGUAAACGUUCUCGAUAAAUUGUUGAAAGAAGAUUGGCUGGGCUACCGCGAAAAAAUGCACUGCAUUCAAACGGUGUUCGCCAUCUUGAGCGGUCAAGGGGAGGCCUUGAACCUGGACCCCAUAAGGUUCUACAACGCCCUGUACAAAGACCUGUUGUCUACCAAUGCCGCUUCCAAACACUCCGGACACAUGCCGAUUCUGUUGAAAACGUUGUCGGACGCUUUGGUCAAAAGAAGGAAAAAAAUCACCAACAGAAGAACCGUGGGGUUCGUCAAAAGACUGGCAACGUUGAGUCUACAGUUGACACAUGACAGCACCUUGGGCUGCCUAGGCCUCAUCAGAACCAUAAUGCAGCACAACAGAUCGGUGGACAUUCUGCUGGACUUCGAUUCCUCGAUAGGCGAGGGCAAGUUCCAAGCCGAUCUGGACGAUCCCGAAUACUCGAACUCGGCCAGCACCGGCCUGUACGAGAUGUUGCUGUUGAGGAAACACUAUCACCCUGUAGUCGGCAAAUUCGCGAGUAAUAUCGCCAGCGGGGUACCUGCCUCAGGGGAAGGCAGUUUGCCAGGAGAAUACGCCAAAAGGAUGAAGGUUCUCGUUAAUUGAAGAAUUAAAAAUAAAACUGAUACCAUGGGAAUAUUCCUCUGAAUACUAUAAUAUGCUGAAUAUAUGUACUUAUUUG